AUGAGGAAGUGCAAGCGAGCUAUACACAGACAUUUCGGCGGCGUUGGCAACUUUUUUGCCAUGUUGAUUCUAGUAGCCAUUUCAGUACUUUUUAUUAAUACAUAUGUUCUAACAAAACGGGAUGACUCGGAUGAAAUAUCCAAUGAGCGUUCAAAUCGUGUAGUAUUAGUCUACAGUCAUAAUCAAACAAUAAAACCUUCAAAAAACGAACCUAUUGAACCACAACGAAUCACAAGACCAGCAGUACCUGAUGUUGGAUGUGAAAUUGAUGAAAAAUGUUCAGAUGAUUCUAUUCCAUAUAAGGUGGUUUCAGGUGAUGGAAUAGACAAGUAUCCCGUCAUAUGUUUUAACAAUAAAUUAUUAGUGCACAAGAAUUUGAAAGAUUCAAAAGUUGGCCGAGGAGUUAAUUUAGUUGCAUUCGAUGGGAAAACGUUUGAAUUGAAACUCACCGAAACCUUUGACACGUAUAUUGAAGAAACAUUCUUUCUUCGGACGUUGAAAUUGAAUUUAAACGAUGGCGAUAUUGUUAUUCUAAGCAGUUUCGAUGAAAUGACAUAUGGAUUGAAAGAAGCGUCAUUGUCAAUAUUAGAGAAAUAUGGCAGUCAAUUGAUCAAAGUGAUUAAAUUUCGAGAUUCAUUCGUUAUGAUCGGACAAAAAGGUUUAGCACGUGGAAAAGCGAUCGAGACGCAUCAACCAAAAGGUAAUCGCGAUUUUGCUCCAGCUGCGCAUAUAAGUGGUUGUGCGAAAUUUCCCUUGGGUCAACUUACGCCACUCUCGUUUCCAACGGCAGAUGUGAAAAAGGAAGGAAAUAUUGUUACAGGUACACCAAUCAAAAACUGUGGUUUGCCAGAAAUGUGCAAAGAAAAUGAAUUUCCCGUACAUGUUUACACUGGCAAAGACAAGGAUGAUGAACCAAAAAUAUGUGUCGAUGGAAAAUAUGUCAUGGCAAAAGGAAUCAACGAUGCUGGACGUGGUAUCAAUAUCGUUGUCGUUUCCAAUGGGAAAGAAGUGAUUCGUACAGGACAUUUCGAUACAUGGCAAGAAGAUAGUACAAAUUUAGAGAUCUUUCUGGAAAAUCUUGAAGAUAAUGUGAUCCUUAUCGCUGUUACAUUCGAUGAGGCAUCGACAAACUUACGAAAUUUUACGCGAACUAUUUUACAAGGCAUUGGAAGGAAAUGGGAUUCUGCUCACUCAUUCAUUCGUAAUUUAUAUGCAUGUGAUGUUAUCUCAUAUGCAGGCAGUGGAAAUAUAUAUGCAACUCCUAUAGACAAACGAAUGUGUGUCCCGCAGACAUUGAAAGGUGUCAAAGUUCGUCCGGAUCCAUUACCAUUUCGUAAUGAUAAGCGUCGCGAUUUCUGUUCACGUUACGAUGGUUACGGAGAUUUUUGCAGUGAUGCCAAUGUUGACAAGAGUUUAGCAAGUGUUCCAUUAUUAAAUAAGACUCUUGAAGAUAAUGCAAUCUAUUCAACACCAAUUCUUGUCAUAGCUGGAAUAUCGCAUAAUUCUCUUCGAAUGUGCUUGGAAACUUUACUAAUGCAGCCGGGCAUUGUUGUUGAAAAUGUUAUGGUUGCUGUCGAUGAGAAAUUCUCAGAAUCAUUGGCGUUGAUUGAUUUGUUUGGUUUUCAUGGCGAGAAAACUACGAGUAGUUCGACCUAUAUGGAACAUUAUGAAAAAUCGUUGAGCAAAAUUUGGGAACGGCAUCCGACUAGAGACAAAGUGAUUGUUAUCGAAGAAGAUUUGAUUUUAUCACCAGAUUUUCUCUAUACAUUGGCAUUAUUAAGUGAAACAUUUCGAAAAGACGAAAGUAUUGGAGCCAUACAAAUGUGGAAUCCUAACUCUUAUGACAUUGUCAACGGUUCACUUGAACUAAUCUAUCGAGUUGAUAAUCUGUAUGGUUUAGGAUAUCUUUUACGACGGUCAUUUUACGAAAAAAAUAUGAAGAAUUCGUUUAAACAGUGUUGCUCGAAACGAGUUUGGGAUAAAUGGACAUUCGCAGAUUCUUCGUCGUCAUUUCUCAUGCCAGAUAUUUCACGCGUAUUUCGCCGACCUAUCGAUGGAAAUCGGGUAAACACAAAAUAUUUGGAAGUAUUGUUCAAUCAAAAACGAAAGACAAGUUUAAAUCCAUUUCCAGCUUUUUCCAAUAUUGACACGCUUCGUAAAGAUACAUACGAUGCAUAUUUAACGAAAACUAUUCGUUCAGCUACAUUGCUUAAAUCGUUACAACAGUGUGAUACACUCAAUUUGGACAUGUUCAAUAUAAUCAGAAAUCAAAAUACAUCCGAUACGUUCAAAUAUAUUUACGAACAACAGUCUGAGAAUGAUAUAAACAAACUUCAGCCUGUUCUUCCUUGUUUUGGAUUAUUUUCACUUGAACCGCUCGGUCUUUACCAUGGCAUUCUUCGAUUCAGUUCCAAUAAGUACAAUUUCUUUCUCAUUGGAACAAAAUCACCUCUAUAUUCAAGUAUUUCAACGACUGUCUAA